CGUUGGUUCGUGUUACUCUUUUGGCUAUCAGUUGGAGAUGUCUGGUCGUGGCAAGCAGGGCGGCAAAGCUCGCGCAAAAGCCAAGUCCCGCUCCUCCCGCGCCGGUCUGCAAUUUCCUGUAGGCCGUGUACACCGCCUUCUUCGUAAGGGCAACUACUCGGAGCGGGUGGGUGCCGGCGCCCCGGUGUACCUGGCAGCGGUGCUGGAGUACCUGACUGCUGAGAUCCUGGAGCUGGCUGGUAACGCGGCCCGCGACAACAAGAAGACGCGCAUCAUCCCGCGCCACCUGCAGUUGGCCAUCCGCAACGACGAGGAGCUCAACAAGCUGCUGGGCCGCGUGACCAUCGCGCAGGGCGGCGUCCUGCCCAACAUCCAGGCGGUGCUGCUGCCCAAGAAGACUGAAAGCCACCAUAAGGCCAAGGGCAAGUGAGGCCCUUCUGGUCCCUAGUGCUACUUAACGGACACCAAAGGCUCUUUUCAGAGCCACCCACAACCUCAAAAAGAGCUGUACACUGAGCCUUUACCGCCCGGCAUUGGCCAGGGCUGGGUCUCCCGGUUCCUUCCAUGCGUUUGUGCAUCUCCGCGCGGCGCCUGGGGUGGUGACCGCUCAGGCCAACGGCUUCCUUCUGCAGUUGGCCUAGGGUCUGUUUGGAGGCCCCCGCGGUUUGUCCCCCACCACUCGUGUUAAACACUCGGUCUCCGUUAAGGUUCGUGCUUGAACCUUAGGGGACACUUGGUUUGGAGUUAGCAUUAGGCAUUGGGAGGUUAGAAACUGGUGUCUCUAAUGAAGGCUAAUGCUUCCGGUUCUAUCGAAACGUAAGUCCAUUUGAGUUAAGAUCUAACGUUGAGAUUUCCAAGUGUCAGGGAUUUUUUUUGAAGUUGUCGGGACGGGAGCGACACAGGUCAGUGCUGCCCUAUAAGUGGUAGGAUUACAGAGAGAUGGCCAUGAUGGUGGUCCAGCAGGCGUUUGGAAUUCAUCAAUCUUACCCACUUAAGUAGCUUAACCUUGAAGAACAAAAUAAUUAGUCGGUUUUGGUAAAACUAGGUUUGAGAGUACAGCAAUGUCCAAUAGUUUAAAGGAGAACAUGAUUAGCAUCACAUCAAGUAAAAUGUGAGUUUUUAGAGAAGAUUGUGAUUUCCACGGGCAGAAUACAGAAUGCCGGGACAGUUACAGAUAAAAUCACUACCAGUGGGAAAAGUGAGGGUUAAGGGGGAUUAAAUGAGUUAUGACAAUUGGUUAAAAUGCUACCGAGUUCGACAUGUGUCCCCUUUCCUGUUAACUGUGCUAUUCUCUUUAAAUUUUGGCAAUACAGGACAGCAAGACAAUUAUAUAAUGCUCGUUAUAUAUACCCUACCAAAACUGGGUCUAUUCAAGCAUGGACUCCUCAGACACCGUCUGUAAUCAUAAAUCUGUAUAAAAUAUCAACAUCUCAAAAGCCUGUUUGCCCAAGAAUAAGCAAUGUAUUCAACUGUGAGUCUCAACCACACAGUAGACAAAAACUGCAUAUAGAUUGUACAGUCUGCUGGUGGGUGGUCUCAGUAAACCAAUGCCCAAGGGUUGGACCUUGAGAUCUUCCCCUUAUGUUUUUAGUGAGACUCUUCAGUUCCAGCUUUAGUUUGUGUGUAUUCAUAGAUCAUUGUAGUUUCUUAAUCUCUUGAGUGGCAGUUAAACUUAGGAGUUGGAUGUUACUAUUUAAUGGUGUCAUGGAAGCAUUGUGGAGGAAGAUGUACUGGAUUAGCUUCUCAUCUCCCACCUCCAAGGCUUCCUGUCAAACGCACACCACCAUCCAAAAGGAAUAUUUAAUUUUCCAUUAGGGAAAACAUCAAGAUGCGGCUUGUCUACUGCUCAGGGUUAUGUGACCAGUGAAUACCAAGAGAGCACAGAUUCUGGAUGUGUCUACAAUAUUACAGAAAGUUGGACGGAAACAACCCUGACCUAAAAUCUAGUCCUCUGGAUUACCAUUUCCAGAAAUGUAAAGUACCAGCAGCAGCUGCCUUGAAAAGAGAAUGUUCACUGGAUUCAAUACCACAUGGCCAUGCCUAGGGUAUAUGCCCAAUAAAAUAAAAAUAGAUAUCUAGCAGAAGCUACACAGAUGCAGCGAUAGUAUCAUUUAUACAAGCUAAAAGAGGAGCCCAAAUAUCCAUCAGCUGAUGAACAGAUCCACAAGACAGGUUUGUCGGCAUAACAGAGUGCUAGUCAACAGAAGGGAAUGAAGCGCUGAUUCAGGCACAACAUGACUGGACCUCAGUGUCCAGAACAGGCAUGUUCCGACAAUAGACACAGGAGCUGGGAGGGGAGAGAACAGAACUUUCCUCGUGUGGUUGUGGAAGAAGACACA